GUGUCACUUCACUGUUUCAUUUGCAGAACUUUGCUAUGUUAAUACUUCACGCAAAUUCCCCCCACAAAAAUACGAUGAUUAUGGCAAAAUGUAAAUAAGGUGGCAAACAGUGCAGGACAAUCAUUGAACCAAUUUGGUUAAAAAUAGUAGCAAAAACCCAUUGUUAUCAGUUCAUAUUCUAGAUUUUUGCGCUUUAUUUAAUUUAGAAAUGAAAAUGUUUCAAAUAGUUCUCCUUUUAUUUAAUCUUGUCAGUGCAAUAUGUUGUUAUAAACCUUUGAUACUUUUGCACGGAAUCAUGACUGGUUUCGAGAGUAUGGAACUUAUAAAAAAUCGCAUUGAAGAGAAACAUCCAGGUACAAUUAUUUACAACAUAGAGAGAUUUGGGGGCUGGUCCAGCUUGGAGAACAUGAAUUAUCAAGUGCAACAACUCAGUCAUGAUUUCAAUAAUUUCACUAGAAUGCAUCCUGAAGGAAUACACCUUCUAGGCUACUCACAAGGGGCUUUAUUGGCAAGAACAAUUUUACAAGCAAACUCCAACCAUACAGUCCAUACAUUCAUUUCAUUAAGUGGCCCGCAAGCAGGUCAAUAUGGAACCCAGUUUUUGCAUCUAUUUUUCCCUGGGGUAGCUUUAGAGACGGCAUAUGAACUGUUUUAUUCUAGAGUGGGACAGCAUACCUCUGUAGGCAAUUACUGGAACGAUCCUUAUCACGAGAAACUGUUUAUUGAAUAUUCACAAUAUUUGCCCUAUGUGAAUAAUGAGUUGCCUACCAAUAAUAGCCAGCAAUUUAAAGAGGCAUUGACUAAAUUGAAAAAAAUGGUGCUUAUAGGCGGGCCUGAUGAUAAUGUUAUCACACCUUGGGAAUCAAGCCAAUUUGGAUACUAUGAUUCUAAUGGAACAGUCAUAAACCUAAUGGAAAGAGAUAUAUUCAUUAAUGACAGAAUUGGCCUUAAAACGCUGUACCAAAAAAAGAAAUUGAAAAUUGUUUCAGUGCCUGGUGUUAAUCACUUUGACUGGCAUUUGAAUACAUCCAUAGUAGACAAUUAUAUUCUGCCAUACUUAGAUUAAGAUUAGUGCCAAAAUAAUUGCUCACCAUGACCUAAUUUAGUAUAAUUUAUUAGCUCAGUGAUUUAAAAUGAACAACUUCAGUUACCUUAUUUAUUUAUUAGAUAAUUCCAAAAACAUCCUUGGUGUUUUUACCACUACUAGGCAAAAAUGUGAUAUUUAAAAGUAAUAAAUUUUGCAAAAAUGCAAAAAUAGUUUUUUUUUUUCAAAAAUUUAUUAUACACAAUACAUUAAUAAUUAUUAUAGAUCAAUUUAACAAAAUAUUGCAACUUAAACAUAAUAGUGUGGUUUUUUAAUCACUAUACCAAAUUCUGCAAGUGCAGGUGUAAGAUCCUCCAUGGUCAGACAAUAUUUUUUGUCUUUAAUACCUUUGGCAGCCUAGAAAAUAUAGAAAGGUAAAGUUAAAUGGCUCUUUACAAAAGUCUAUUGAAAUGUCUUUAUUUCUAAAACAAUUCAAUAAUAUUUCUGAUACAUGAUCAUUAAAUAAUUAAGAUACUCCUCAGCUUAAUUAAGAAUAUUGAAGUUAAUUCUAAAAUCAUUUUUAAUCACCUUUGAGUUGGCUCCACUUGUUCCGGCAUUGGAAGACCUCAUCUUACAAUGUUGCAAGGCAUCAUUCCCAAUAUCAGAUAUAAAUUUUUGAGCAGCAAUGGAAAUGAGUCUCAAUAGUCUUGGAUCUUUGGGUUCGAAGCCAGAGGAUCUUAAAUAAUAAGCGGUUACAGCGUCUGGAAUCUAGAACAAAUGGUUUUUUAUGAAAUAUUUGUCCAUUUAAGGUGUUUGGUACUCACUGUUGGGUUGUAGUCUUCUAGCUGAUGUAAAAAGUCACUCAGAGGCUGGCCAAGGGUGACUGGGCUAUUCUGAGUUUCUAUAUCCAUUUUUUCUUCUUUUAUUUGAUUGUUCAUUGUGAAAAAUGUUGGGAAAUGGAGAAUAAAUUUUUUAGGAAAGCAAAACAAAUAACAAGAUACCACACUAUGACAGUUGACACUAUUGACAAUUGUCAGCUUGGAAUGCGCACACAUUCAGUU